AUGAUUUCACAAGUAGCCGCUUCAGUAACACCCGUUCGUCGACUCUUCACAGAGAUCUCCUCUGAUGCGGAAGAACGAGUAAGGAUAAGUGCUCGGUGCCAAGAUGAGGCCAAGGAAGCUUGCCAUCGGAGUACAGAACGCUUGCGCGAAUUGUUUAACUUCGACGUGGACACCAUGAUAUCCGUAAGGACGGAGUCCACACCACUGAAAAAAACUGCUCUGACGCCAAUGCCAACGAGAAGCACAUCAACACCUGCCCCAUCACCCGCCAGAGAUAUUGAUCUGCCCCAGUGGAAAUGGGAAGAAAUUUCACUUCAUUGUUGCUACGUGCCGCAGUUUUAUCACGCCAGACAUUAUCACUCUGACACUGAUCUCCGUGUGUCAGCGAGAGGGGCAGAGUGCACAGAGAACAAGACACAUUCAACACGAGCUAGAGAUCAGGCGGUUACAGCAGAAAACCCCAAAACACCGACAGUUCCAUCUUUCAAGGAAACGAAUAGCAUGGAUGUCUCAACCUUGUACAAUAUUUGGUGUGCCCGGAUUAGACGUGCUUCUCAUACAGAGAGAGAAACGAAGGAAACCAAGGCUUUCCUCGAUAAAUUAAAACGGCCGUUGUCCACUGGACGAAUCCCUUCAACGGUACCACUUGCAGCAAUCUCGGUUCCAGUGAAUUCACCUGUCAAACAUAUAUCUCGGAAUCCGUUUCGUGGUGGUUGCUUGCCAGCGGAGCAAGUUAUGAAAACUGGCGCUUGCCAGCGAAGUGCAAAUGAACUUAAAAUAGAAGCGGGUUUUCAGUUCAUCGCAAAAGGGGAAGAAUCCAAGGACUGCACAUCACACCCAUGCCGAUACCGGCAGUUAACUAUUUUCGAUUGCACAAGAUGGAAACUGACCCCACGGUCCAGCGCCGAGCAGUGGAGCGCGUGUUAACUAGUGAGACGUGUGUUUUCUGCGCCAGGAUUGUGAAAAGACACUAGAGAGUUGCAUUGAAUGGUAUUUUCGUAUAUCUUCCCCUGAAAUCAACUCACUGUUACAAGAUCUCUACCAAAAUGCAGUGUCGUACUCGGCAAGAGAUACCUUAUGUUCCAAAACGUGCCCUCUGAUCUCCGACAGUCGACCUGCUCUCCUACUUGACGGAGUUAUUUUUCACGUUACCUUUACUCAAGAUUGUCUUUCAAUCUCCUUUUUUCCUAACAUCCAUUUCAUAAAAUGCAAUUUAAGACUCUCAUGCUAUUUCACGAUGUGCAUUACUUCUUUCAAAUUAUGUCAAGCAUUUCCCUGUAUCAAAUUAUUUUGUGUACAC